AUGGCUACAAUUGAUGUUGAAGAAUUUCUUGCAAUGACAGAAUUGUCAUAUGAUCAUUUGAAGUCACUGAAGAAAGAUGAUUUGAUAACAGUUUGUGAUCAUUUGGGUGUAUCUCUAGCCACAUGUUUAAAGAAGGCAGAGAUAAUUGACUUGUUAGCUAGUCACAUGAAGCUUACAGAGGAGCCUGAAACUUCUAUCAAUAUGUCAGAGGAUGUUCAGAUCCAACUGGCAAACAUUGAAUUGGAAAAAGAGAGAAUCAGAGAAAACAUUCAAUUGGAGGAAAUAAAAAUCAAAGAAAACCUUGAAAAGGAGGAAAUGAAAAUGAGAGAAAACAUAGAAAUUGAGAAAAUGAGAUUGGAAUACCAGUUAGCGUAUGACAGGGAUUCGCAGUUGGGCUGCUCCAUUAAUGCUAGACCAGGAGAAACUGAGGCCAAGGCAGGGCUUGGACUGAUUGCUGGACAUGCCUACACCAACACGGACGUUCAAAAGGCGAAAUUUUCUUCAGGUAGGGAGGUGAGGUUGAUCAGGAUUCGCAACCCAUGGGGUAAGGGCGAAUGGGAGGGACCCUGGAGUGAUGGAUCUAAUGAGUGGAGAAAUAUAUCUCAACAGGAGCGUACUAGGCUUGGACUGGUCUUCAAUGAUGAUGGGGAAUUCUGGAUGGAAUUCAGUGACUUCAUGAGGUAUUAUGAUAGGGUUGACAUAUGUCACCUGGGUGCAGACACCAUGACUGGCAAGAAAAAGAAGAAGUAGCAAGUUACCUCACAUGAGGGCAAAUGGCAAAAAGGAUGCACAGCUGGAGGGUGCCGCAACUUUCCCGACACAUUCUGGAUCAAUCCCCAGAUUGAACUCGUUUUGGAGUCGGAAGAUGACGAGGAUGAUUUUCGAGAAGGAGAGGAUGAUCCCGGACAAAAAGGGAAAUGUUCUACCUUCCUCGUCGCCCUCAUACAGAAGAACAGACGAGAGAUGCGUAAGAUGGGUGUUGACAACCUCACCUGUGGUUUCGCAAUUUACCAGGUUGACGGCUCCUUUAAUGCCUCAGUUGGACUCCCAAAGGACCACUUCCUUUACAAUGCAUCUACAGCUCGAUCACCAACAUUCACCAACACUCGUGAGGUAAGCGGAAGAUUCAAACUCCCACCAGGACGCUAUGUGAUCCUUCCUUCGACCUUUGAACCCAACCAAGAAGGCGACUUCCUCGUGCGUAUCUUUUCCAUAAAGGUGGCUAAGGGAGUGACUGUUAACCAACAGUCUAGCAUGGAUAUUAAACCUCAGCAGCCACUUCCAGCUCAGGAUGAGGCGCAGACUGCCAAAUUCCGAGAGUUCUUCAAGAAGCUCACAGGGGAUGAUAUGAAAGUGGACGCCUGGGAACUGCAGGAGAUCUUAAACGCAGCCCUCAAACGAGUGUUCAAUGAGCUACAGGGUGGUGGAUUCAGCCUGGAAUCUUGCAAGAGUAUGGUUGCUCUUACCGAUGAUGAUCGAUCUGGCAAACUUGGAUUUGAAGAGUUCAGGGAACUUUGGCAGAACAUCAGUGCUUGGAAGGAUGUUUUUAAGAAGUAUGAUGCUGACAACUCUGGAACAUUCAAUGGAUAUGAAUUGAGGAGUGCACUCACAUCGCUUGGAUUCAAACUGAGUAACGAAACUUUCAGUGCUCUGAUUUUGCGUUAUGCUGAUAAGAAGGGAAUGAUUUCAUUUGACUCCUUCAUCGGUGCUGCUGUUACAUAUAAGAAGAAUUGUUUAAAGAAGGCAGAGAUAAUUGACUUGUUAGCUAGUCACAUGAAGCUUACAGAGGAGCCUGAAACUUCUAUCAAUAUGUCAGAGGAUGUUCAGAUCCAACUGGCAAACAUUGAACUGGAAAAAGAGAGAAUCAGAGAAAACAUUCAAUUGGAGGAAAUAAAAAUCAAAGAAAACCUUGAAAAUGAGGAAUUGAAAAUGAGAGAAAACAUAGAAAUGGAGAAAAUGAGAUUGGAAUACCAGUUAAAGUUGAAAGAAAUGAAGUAA